GCACCGAUCACGCAGGCUUUUGUUCGCACCGGAACAAGCAGCUCCAAAGAGCUUCAGUAACGACACAGGUCCUCACGCGACCACUGCAAGCUCGAAGAACCGUGUUUCGCUUAUACUGGACCUCGUAGAAACGGCACAGAAGGUCUCGGCUCUUUACACAUUGCACCUCCACCCGUGGUUGCAGGAUCGAAUCAAGCUACCCCGGUUGAAUUGAUCAGGGUUUCAUCAAUACUGCAUGCUAAUGCAGUGAGAGCGCGACGCUUGCGCAUCCGUUCUCGCGUGCGACCCCUGCGACUUGCACUAUUGCUCCAUACCCGCCGACCCGUUAAUCAAGCGGCGACGAGUGGGCUCUCCACAACUGUUUCAAGCGAGUCCAGGCUUAACCAAGCACCGAAUAUUAGGCGACAUGGCGGCCACUCGCCCCAUGGAGGACUUCUUCUGCACUCCUACUGCCACCUACAGGACCGUCCCCAAUUUCAGUCGCUUGUCUACGUUGGUCAAGAUGCCGUCAACCGAGUAUGCUCCGAGCACUCCAUCCGAGAAGCGAUACACCAUGGCUUUCGAUUUCGGGAAGCACACACCGGAGCAUUCGAUGCCGAUCAAGGACUUCCAGACUGAUCAAAUGUUCUGGCGCGGCUACACUUCAGAUGAGGAAGUCGCUUCUCCUUUAGGGACAGAUGAUAUGAGUUUCCGCACAGCAAGCAGCGACGACUUCGCAUCCCAGCGGACCAGCAUCGAGUCUUCACUGCCUGAGCAACUUAUACAAAGCUGCGACGACGUCGAGCAACGUUGCGGCAGAGCACAAGCGGUAAGAGUGGUGUCGGCAGGUAAAGCCAAGGUCGUCUCCAUGCCCAAGCUUGUCGACGGUCCGUCAAGCCCUCGUAUCUGGCGACCUGCAAGCGCUGGACCUGUGGCUCCGCCUGUAUCGCGCUUCAACCGGUCGGGUGCGAGCAGUCAGGCCAGCAGUCAGCAUCAGCCCUCACCGCGUGCUUCUACGGAUCUCCGUCGAACACUCGCCCCGCAGGCGACGAGUGUACCUCUACCAAAGCGUUCUCCAAGCCUACGACGAAGACCAAGCUUACCACAGCUGUUUACGGCAGCUCGCUCAUCGCCCACGACUCCAACACCGGCGCCGUCGCUCGGUGCGGUACGGGGUCCAUGGACGGCUGACUUCCUCAAGCACGAUCCGUACCCGUCCAUCGCAGAGCCCGAGCAAUCGGUGGGACGUACGGCACCUAUCACGCCAACCAGUCCAAUGUCAUCAUCACGGCGUCGGCUUCAAAAGGUCUACUCUUCGGUUGGCCUAAACGUAUUUGCACGCUCGCGGCGCACGAACUCAUCUGACGGCAGCGUCAACGAGGAGCUCAAUCCAGCGAAACAGGCCCAGACGGCCAAAGUACCGUCACGAUCUGCAGAGCCGACAAUCGAACGUAAACCGAGUGUGCGACCGAAGCUGGUGCCCAGAGGCGCCAGUGAGCGGGAGCCACCGCUUGUUCUACCUCCGUGUCCGGAGGAUUACGAAGACCCUCGGGAGGGUGGUAUACAGUGGCCGGCACGGGAUGGUUCGUCAACGAUGUGGCCUCUAUAUGAGCCAGCGCCGAAGGUGUCGAGAUUGCAACGACAGCAACGCAGCAUGUCAGUCGCCUUGGUGUCCGCGCAAGCGUAGGACGACCUGCGGGGAAAGCAUCGGGGCGCUGCAUUCUGCUUCUGACGAGACGAUACCACGAUAUCAAUGACUAUGCAUUGAGGGAGGAAUAUUGUGAAGUUUGUAUGAGAGUACAGCUCACUCCGACCUGGAGGAUCAUUGGACGGUGUAGCCGCUGACACCUCGCGGAGGGCAACAAGCCUGUAAUUCUCUUGUAGGCGAUGAAUG